AUGAACACCAUCGUCUUCAACAAGCUCAGCGGCGCCGUGCUUUUUGAGGACCGCGGGGCUCCGGAGCGGGAGCGGGGCGGCAGGCCCUACGGCGGCGUCCUGGACAGUACGCACGCUCGCCCCGAGGUGGGCAUUACGGACGGCGCGCCCCUCAAGGACAACCUGGGCCUGAGGCACCGGAGGACCGGGGCCCGGCAGAAUGGCGGGAAGGUGAGGCACAAGCGGCAGGCCCUGCAGGACAUGGCGCGGCCCCUCAAGCAGUGGCUGUACAAGCACCGCGACAAUCCGUACCCCACCAAGACGGAGAAGAUUCUCCUGGCGCUGGGCUCGCAGAUGACGCUAGUGCAGGUGUCAAAUUGGUUUGCUAAUGCAAGACGUCGGCUUAAGAAUACUGUUCGACAGCCAGAUUUAAGCUGGGCCUUAAGAAUAAAGUUGUACAAUAAGUAUGUUCAAGGAAACGCUGAGCGGCUGAGUGUAAGCAGUGAUGACUCAUGUUCUGAAGAUGGAGAAAAUCCUCCACGAAACCACAUGAAUGAAGAAGGCUAUAAUAAUCCAGUUCACCAUCCUGUGAUUAAAAGUGAGAGCUCAGUCAUAAAAGCUGGAGUGAGGCCAGAGUCACGGGCCAAUGAGGACUACGUAUCGCCCCCAAAAUACAAGAGCAGCUUGUUGAAUCGUUACCUUAACGACUCUUUGAGACACGUCAUGGUCACAAAUGCUGCCAUGAUGGGAAAGACAAGGCAGAGAAACCAUUCAGGAUCUUUUAGUUCCAAUGAAUUUGAGGAGGAAUUGGUAUCUCCCUCAUCGUCAGAAACCGAAGGCAAUUUCGUCUAUCGCACAGACACUCUGGAAAAUAGAUCCAGUAAGGGUGACAGUGCAGCUAAUAGAAAGGGACCGAGCAAGGACGACACGUACUGGAAGGAGAUCAAUGCAGCCAUGGCCUUAACAAAUCUCGCACAGGGAAAAGACAAGCUGCAGGGGACCACCAGCUGCAUUAUCCAGAAGUCGUCCCACAUUGCAGAAGUGAAGACAGUCAAAGUGCCCCUGGUUCAGCAGUUUUAAGAGUUUGUCACUUUUCAGAUCGAUGGCUAUUCUUCGCAUCAGUGUUUUUUCAUAAAC